AGAUAAAUUGCAACCCUCUUCAUAAACAAAUUCAUCUUCAUUUCUACAUACACAUCAACAUUGCAAAACCAUGGCAGCAAUCAAACCCUUCUCCAUCACAACAUUAUUGCUUAUGAUAUUCAUCACCAUGACCAUGAUUUCCCAAACAAGUUCGAAAAAAAGCAACCAAUCAAACCAAGUGUUCUACUUGCACGACGUUACCAACGGGCCUAACGCAACCGUUGCCCAAAUCGUCGGCAUCACCGGAAAAGUUUGGUCGUACAACACAUUUGGUACCUUUAUCAUGGUGGACGAUCCAAUAACCCUAACACCAAAUCAAUACGCAGUUCAAGUUGGAAGAGCUCAAGGAACUAUUUCAGUGGCAUCAAUGGACGGUUCAACUGUGAUUAUUGUUCUUUCAUUUGUGUUCAACAAUGUGCAAUAUAAUGGCAGUACUUUGGAGCUUCAAGGCGCGAGUCGUCAGCGCGAGAAUUCCAGAGAGAUUUCAGUGGUUUCCGGCACCGGAAGGUUCCGAUUUGUGAAGGGAUAUGCUGUCUUUGAAACUGUUUCCUAUGAUCCUACAACUACUCGCUCUCUUAUUCGUGUUAAUGUCACCAUAAAUUAGCUCCUAUUACUUGUUUAAUUUCCUAUGAAUUAAUGAUGCGUGGUUAAGAAAUAAUUAAUAUCAUGAUAUAAAGAUUUCGCCCUUGAUCUUUUGAGGCAGUUAAUCCUUGU